CGCCGAGUCUCGAUUUAAAACAUUACUCCGCCGUGCUCCGCGCCGACGCAGGCGUCUCCGGCGCCGUACCGCAGCUUCCAGCAGUCCAGCUGUCACCGCCUCCCUCCUCCUCGGCAGGUCUCCGCGGUGCUACGCUCGGCUGGAAGAAGACCGCUCGACCUCCCGUUGUCUCCUUGUUACCUCUCUCGGCUUCUCCGGCGCAGUACUUUCUGCAAGGACCAGUUUCCGGGUGCAUCGCAUCCUCGUUUCAGCGCGUAGUAACACCACCAGCAAACGUCGUUGUCGCAGUGCACACACUACAAUGAGGAAAGACGCCAUCAUUUUUACGGGAUCUUCUACUGACCCUAUAUAUCAGAAUGGACACUGUUCUUCGCAGCACUGGUGGAAGGACAAUGAGAAAAACUGGCGUCUGUUCCGGUGGUCUAUAUUAGUAAUAGCUGUGCUACUAGUUUUGGGACUGGUGAUUUACUUUUUGGUUAUAGACAUGCAAGUCAUGGCACCCAUUGUAAAGGAUGGCUCUAAUGGCAAGAUAUCUGAGGCCCACUGGACUACUGAUUCAUCUGGCUCAGCAGCUGAUGAUGUAGUAUCGUUGGAUGGGGAUGUUAUUCUAGAUCUUGGGGGUGUGACGUAUAAUGAAGGAGAUUUGCGUGUUACUCCAGGACAACAUUUACUGCAUCCAACAGCAACCGAUAACUCAAGUGACAAGAAGGAGUAUUUGCGGCCUGAUUUCAUUGAAAUAGUACCAGCUCCAAAUCUUGGAACUUCCACAGUUUCUAAUGAGUCACAAGAAAAUCAUGUUACAGAGCAUGUUGACUUCAAUAAAGUUACAAAUGGUGGAACAAAUGUAACACAACCAGCAGAUAUUGUAUCUGAUAUUAACAAUGAAUUUUUGCUGACUACCUCACAACUUCUAAACAAAAUAAGAGGAGCAUUUCAGUCUGGUCAUUAUGGAUCAAAAACUGAGCAGAAUGGAAGUAAAGCUAAAGAUGUGUCUGAUACUAGCAAUGAUGAUUUUCACAAAUUAACAACUGUGUCUAAGUAUGGUAAAAGUAAGCAGUCAGUAUCAUCAGCAGCAUCACGAAGCCCAGUUUUUCCUACAUUGCCAACAACUCCAUCCAAGGAAAGCAGAGUUGAAGUUCCUGUCAAUGAAAAUUAUACUGAGUCUGAAGGUUUAUGUUUCUCACCACGCCUGGAAAUGUGUCAGGGUGUUUUGCCUUAUGACUUAACAACCCUUCCUUUGGUGCCUGGUAUAAAUCAGGUAGCAGACCUUGAUGCAGCUCUGCCAUACUUUGAAAUGAUAUUGGAAUCAGGUUGCAGUGACAGGGGACGUCAGUUCAUUUGUUCACUGCUUGAACCUGCAUGUCAACCAAUGGGAAACAAUGUUUUGCUUCCUUGUCGUAAAGCCUGUAGAGCUGUUGCUGAAGACUGCAGUGACUUCAUUCUGACUGCAUUGGACCUGUCAAGGGUGUUUCGUUGUGAUCUUUACCCUGACUCAGAUGAUCCAUCACAGUGUGUUUCUUUUGCAAAAGGAACAACUUGUCUGAAGAAUGAGUUCCAAUGUUCUGAUGGCACUUGCAUUCCCAACAGAUGGGUGUGUGAUAAUGUAAAUGACUGUCCUUAUGCCACAGAUGAAUACAACUGCACACAGUGUGCUGAAGGAGAAGUUAGUUGUGAAAAAGAUAAAAAGUGCAUCCCUGCACAUUGGAAAUGUGAUGGGUACAAGGACUGUCAAGAUGGGUCUGAUGAAUUAAAUUGUGCUGUAGAGAAAGAUGAAAUUCUCACUGCUAUGCCAUACAUGUCAGCAUGUUCUGCAAACGAACUACGUUGUGUGGAUGGACGCUGCAUCACACUGCAACAGCUAUGUGAUGGUAAAAAAGACUGCUCUGAUGGCAUUGAUGAGGCCAGCUGUACUGUCACUGGAUGAAUGUGUAUUUUGAUCAUUUUUACAAACUCUCGAUGUAUUUUUCAUGCAUAUUUUACAAAUAUAGCAUGUGUGAUAUAUUACUACCCAAAUGGAAUUGUUGUUCCAUUGUAGGGAAUGAAUGAAGUACCAACUAAGGAAUUUGCAAGAUAGCCUGUUGCUCUUUUGAGUUUAGUACGAUAUAUCUUCUUCCAAGAUCUUUUUCCUUGCUUCUGACAGCAAGAAAAAUCUCAUGUAAAGCACCAAAAAUUACUGUAAUGCAAAUAUUUUUAUUUCUUAACAGUGCUACAAAUUACUGCUAAUGUGAAAUUUGACUGGUAUAUUACUUGGUUACGUGAGCAAGUUACAGAAUGAGGUGUCUAUUGCUUGUGGAAAUAAAAUGAAUUGAGGUACAAAAUUAAGCAGGAAGAAAAAUAUGAUGUAAAAUUUUUGAAAGUUAUUCAAAUAGAUGCUAUUUCACAAAUAGUAUUAGAUACUAUUGCUGUAAAAAUGUGCCCUGUAGCUUCUUAGCAUAAAAGCAAAGCAUACAUAAAAAGCAACAUAAAUUAUCCAAGCUCUGCUUUUCAUGCAGAAUUUAUUAAUAAUGUGCUGCGUACCCUAUGACUCCACAAACUAUGUUAAUUUUUAUUGUUAAGUAAAUGCUGCUUCUUAUUAUCAUAGAUGAAAAGAAGGCAUCUGAAUGUGUUCAAUGUUUAUUUUAAUUAAAUACUAUAGUGUCCGUGUUAUGUAUGUGUGUGUACAUAUGUUUACAUUCAUGUGUGAGAUAUGUAUUUUUUACUCACUUUGUACAUAAAAUAAACUCAAAAAUUUUAUGAAA